UUUAUAUACAUUUUUACAUUGUGUUGUGCAUUAGGUUAAAUCUAAUUGAUACAUUGUUCUUUUUUUUUCUUUUUCUUUUUUUAGAAAAAAGUGCCAAAGACCCUCGUGUUGAACGUGCAACAUCUGUUUGCAAGAAAGUUGUCAGCACAUUCUCCUUCAGCUGGAAGAAAAAGAGGGAACCAAGUAAUGCUCAAGCUGAGCUAAAGCUACCUUAACAGAAGCUCAUCACUGAGUCCCCAACACGAUGGGGUUCAAGUCUCAGCAUGAUUGAGCGAGUGCUUGACCAGAAAAAGGCGAUUUCUCAGGUCCUGAAGGCAGACAAGGCAAGGCAUUUGGUUCCAUCCUGGCAAGAUGUUGACGUGAUGGAGUCUGUGAAAAAGGCACUGAGUCCACUGAGAGACUUUACAGAUGCACUCUCAGGUGAGGACUAUGUGAGUGUAUCUUAUGUCAAGCCAGUGCUUCACAUGUUGAAAGUCAACAUUUUGAGCCUGAAUGAUGAAGACACUGAACUAACAAAAACAAUGAAGACAACCAUUCUGAAUUACCUCACUGACAAAUAUCAGGACCCCACCACUGAUGACCUGCUGGAUAUGGCUUCGCUUUUUGAUCCCAGAUUCAAAACACAAUUCAUUGCCAAAGACAAGGUAGAGGGAAUACAAACCAGAGCUGUGGCUGAGCUGGAGUCUUUGAUGACCAUACACAUACAGUAUCCAAAAUCAGAUCAGCAGUCUACAUCUAAUACCUCAGCCUCCACGUCACAAAUCCUUGAUGAGGAUCAGACACCACCCAAGAAAGCAAAGAAAACACUUUCCAGCUUUUUAAAAGCCUUAGGUGUUGCAAGUGCAUCUGCAACCACAUCAGUUUCCUCAUCUCUGAAAGAGGCAAUGGAAGGAGAAUUGAAGGGAUACUUGUCCACGCCAAAUGCAGAAAGUGAGGUGGAUCCGCUGGAAUGGUGGAAAGUCCAUGAGGCAAACUUUCCAAGAAUUAGCCAGCUUGCUAGAAAGUAUCUCUGCAUUCCAGCCACAAGUGCUCCCUCAGAAAGGGCUUUCAGUACUGGUGGCAAUAUCAACACCUGCCAAUGGGCAUCUCUUAAGCCCGAGAAAGUGAAUCAGCUGGUCUUCCUUUCUAAGAAUUUGUGAUUGUGAUUUGUCAUACUUUGUUAUCUUUUGAAAUGUAUAUGUUCCAAAGCUGCUAAGUUUACAAGACUCGGGAAUGAGGUCAGGAAAUAUUUUUGUAUCUUUAUUUUAUUUGUUUGGUUCUGAAACAUGUUGCACAAAAAUCUAUGGUACUUAACAGAGUACAAAAGGUAGUUUACUGUUUGUAUGUUUAUUUUUCUUUUCUAAGCCAAUGUUUAUUUUGGGAGUUAUGCUAAAGUCUGUGCACUUGCAUUGACAGUGAUAUUUUUAUUUAAACUUUAUUUAACUUUGUAAAAAAAAUAAGCCAUUUACAUUUUUAAAGGUGUUGCUGAGGAUCUAUGUCUAAUAAGCUGAUUUGUUAGACUUGUUAAACUAAGAUUUGUUAGAUUUGUUAAACAAAUGUUAAUUUUGAUGGUACAGUAAUUGUAAUGCAAGUCUUGUUGAAUGUUCUUUCUUUGCAGAAUAGCACUUGCAUUAAAUCUUCACUUGAUUAAAAUAUUCUUAUACAUACAUGCUAAGAGUAUAUUUUUAUGUGGGGACAUUAGUUUGGUUGUAUUGUACCUUUGUAAUUUGCAAAAUAUUCUUAAAAAACAACUUAAAAAAAAAAAAAUCGGUAUAAAAAUCGUGAAUCGUGAUUUCCCCAGAAAGAAUCGGGAUAUGAUAUUUUUUACAUAUCGCCCACCCCUAUUUCUUGAUAUCUGCAACUUAAUUCUUACAAGUUAAAAAUGCAUUUUCACUAGUAUUGAUUGUUUUAGAUCGCACAAAUUGCUUUUUGGAUAUGUGCAUAUAUGAAUUCAAUAAUGUGCAUAAUAAUGAUGAAUUUAAAUUUUUGAUAUCAACAACUGAAUUUUUGAUAACAAUUGCAUUACCACUAGUAAAAACUAUAGUUAUUGAUAUCAACAAUUGCAUUUCCCCUACUAAAAACUAUAGUUAUUGAUAUCAACAAUUGCAUCUUUACUAGUAAAAACUAUUGUUAUUUAUAUCAACAAAUGCAUUUCCACUAGUUAAAAGUCACCAUUGGCUGCCAUUUAAAUACAGAGCUGGAUGCACCUCUGACAGGAUCUAGUAGACUCAGACACGGCCUUGUAUUGACACUGUUUUUCAGCCUUCAUAAAGCAAAUAAACACUGUUAUUUUCUUAAUAAAAUUCAUUUUAGCCAUUUAGCAACAAAGCUAGAGUCAAUUGGUAGACAGAAGCCAUGCCUAUGACGUGAAUCCGGGUUUGUUCAGAAGUGAAUUCGACGCGCAAAUGAAGCGGGGUUUAUCGCACGAAUGAAGCGGGGUUUGAUGCGCGAAUGAAUCAAGUAAAUGCAAAUGUUCACGUGGCUAUUUACGUGGGAAUAGCAUGAUUUAUCUGCACGUUCUGUGUCUGGUGUGAUCAUAGCAUAAAACAAAGACCAUGCGGGUCAGGUAAUUUAAACGGUAUUCUACAAAAAAUUAAUUUGUUAUGCAUUAGUUAAUUAUUCAUAAAUAAUUAAUUCACCUCAUGUGUUUCAC